UGCCGGCCUCCACUGCCAAGGAGCGGCGCGCCACCGACCGCAACUUCAUCACGGCCGUGCGCGCGAUGGAGGAGUACCUGCUGAAGGUGGGCGACCUGGAGCCGCUGGGCAGCACCAAGCGACGCUCGCCGUUCGAGAACGAGCCGCCGAUCCGCGUGUACUGGCGCGCCGAGGUAGAACAGCAGGCCAUCCGCAAGUGGGGCAGUCUGGACCGGCUGAGCGAGGAGAAACAACGCCGCGAACUCGCCUGGCGCACGCACCAGCAGACGCUCUUCUCGGUCAAGAAGGUGCUCAAGGACUACCGGCGCGGCCAGCGCAACAAGCCCUACUACACGGUGAUCGAGGAGGAGAACCUGAAGGGCUCGUCGAACGUCGUGCUCACCGCCGUCGGCAUCAACGCCAUCAACGCGCUGGGCAAGGGCGCGGCGUUCGCGGUGACUGGCUCGAGCAGCCUGUUCUCGGAGACGCUGCACUCGAUCGCCGACACUGCCAACCAGGUCAUCCUGGCCGUGGGCAUCCACAAGUCGGCGCAGCGCGCCAACCUCGACCAUCCGUACGGCUACAGCAACGUGCGCCACGUGGCCUCGCUCAUCUCGGGCGUCGGCAUCUUCUGCCUGGGCAGCGGCGUGGCCUUCUUCCACGGCUUUCACGCGCUGUACGACCCGGCGCCGAUGGGCGACUUCCUGGUCGGGUACUGCGUGCUGGCGGCGGCGCUCGUGUCCGAAAGCGUGACGCUGACGCUGGCGACGCGCAACAUUUUGCGCAACUCGCGCCGCCAGGGUUGCUCGUUCUGGCAGUACGUGCGCCAGGGCCGCGACCCCUCCGUCAACGUGGUGCUGCUGGAGGACCUGGCGGCCGUGGUGGGCGUGUUCGUGGCCGGCUCCAGCAUGGCGCUGAGUGCUGUCACCGGCAACAUGAUGUUCGACGCGUGCGGAUCGAUGCUGAUUGGCGGCCUGCUCGGCACCGUCGCCACGUUCAUUAUCGUGACAAAUUCGCACGCGCUGGUGGGCCAGUCGAUCCGCCAGGAGGAGCUGGAGCGCAUCAACCUGCGCCUCGAGGAGGACAUCAUGAUCAGGGGCAUCCACGACGUCAAGGGCAUCGACAUGGGCAACGGGCUGGUGCGCUACAAGGCCGAGGUGGACUUUGACGGCCGGGAGCUGACAAAGAAGUACCUGGAGCGACAGGACUCGGACGUGUUGACAGCGGAGGCCAAGCAGCUGACGGGCGACGAGGCGGUGGAGAAGUUCCUGCUGCGCCACGGCGAGGCCAUUGUCGACAUGAUGGGCGCCGAGAUAGACAGGAUUGAGUCCGACCUGAGGAAGGCAUUCCCGCAAAUCAGGCACAUUGACCUGGAAAUACUGUAGACGAGCUGUGAUAGCGUGACGCUAGCGGCAGGGGCCGGUAGGGGCCGUCUGAUCGUGGCCUUUGUAGCCGUAUGACGUGUUACGUAUGGCGCUUUAAUCUCCCAGCGGCGCCGCGGCCUUGAUUCGCCCGCAGCGAUGUCGAAGGGCACGGAGUUCCUGGGACGCUCCUCGCUGUGAUUGCGCGUUUUUACGCUCGGACGUAUCUCAAGUGGAAGCUUCCAGUCGCGAUCGUUAUCUCUGGACCCACGCUUAGUCGCAUCGCGUGGUUUUUUCUUAGGUAGCUACGCUAACGCGCCCGCACCGGGGCCUCGUGGGCUAGACGCCGUUAACUCAGCACAAUACUGCCUGGACCAUUCCCGCCUCGCGCCCGGC